CGUGAGACGUUCGUCUGCUGCUGUUCUCUGUUCCGGUCAGCAGUGAAUCGGGACGUCUGGACUGCACUCAUCUUCAUCAGACUGAUUUAUGAUCUGGUUUGAGUUUGUCUGGGAUCCACCUGUGGUUUCCGAGUUGAAUUAACAAACUUUCUUCUUUGACGUCAGGACUAAGGACUGUCGGUCUGGUGUACAGUGAGCUCGACCGGCGGGACAUGAGUGUUCCUCUGCUGAAGGUCGGUGCGGUUCUGAGCACCAUGAUCAUGGUCACUAACUGGAUGUCCCAGACGCUGCCGGGGCUGGUGGGACUCGAUCCGCACAUCGCACGGCCUGGAACCUCCGAGAAGAUCAUCAGCCAGGUCUCGUACCCCGGUGAGGAAGAGGGCUGGCAGGUGUACGGCUCUGUUCAGGGGAAGUGCGUUUGCUCCAUCAUGACUCCGGCUCACGGUGUCUGCGGUGGAGACCCUCGACACACUCGUCUGCAGCAAAUCUCUGAUCAGCUGCUGAACAUCUCUCAGCACAUGGAGAUCCUGAGCCAGCGGACCACUCAAGAUCUGCAGCAGCUGAGAGACUCUGAGAUGCUGCUGGAGACGCUGGAGAGAAGAUUGAACACAGCCCACGAGGAGUCUCACAGCCUGACCAGCAAGAGCCUGCAGGAGCUGCGCGGGAGCGUGUCUCAGUGUCGCCCCCUGCGGGUGCUGGUGGGGCGUCUGCGGGCCGAUGUGGGGCAGCUGGAGGCUCUGAAGGAGGAGCUGCAGAGGCUGAACGACUCUCUGUCCAUCCUGCAGGAGCGCUUCACUCUCCAUCACUAUCUGCAGCUGCAGCAGCGCCAGUUCAUCCUGCAGCAGCACCUGCACUCCUGCUCCAGUCAGCUAGGUUGUGGCCGGCUGACAGGCAUAAGCGCUCCGCUCACUAUCAGAUCCUCAGGCUCACGCUUCGGAUCAUGGAUGAUGGACAGUGUGAUCGACAGCUCAGACAACCGCGUGUGGGUGAUGGAUGGUUAUUUUAAGGGCAGGCGUCUGGUGGAGUAUCAGUCUCUCGGUGACUUCGCUACUGGACAGAACUUCAUCGUCCAUCAUCUUCCUCACCUGUGGGCAGGGACGGGUCACGUGGUGUAUAACGGCUCUCUGUACUAUAACAAACACCACAGUAACGUGCUGGUGCGCUACGACCUGUCGUCCGGCGGCGUUCUGCAGCAGCGCCCGCUCGCUCAGGCCGGGUUCAACAACACCUUCCCGUACUCGUGGGGCGGCUCGUCCGACAUCGACCUGAUGGCCGACGAGACGGGGCUGUGGGCCGUGUACUCCAGCAUCGGCCGUGGCGGGAACAUGCUGCUGAGCCGGCUGCAUCCCGACUCGCUGGAGGUGCUGCGCUCCUGGGACACGGGCUUCCCCAAGCGCAGCGCCGGAGAGGCCUUCCUCAUCUGCGGCUCGCUCUACGUCACCAACUCGCACCUGGCCGGCGCCAAAGUGCACUUCACCUUCCACACGGCCUCAGCCUCGUACGAGUACACCGACAUCGCCUUCCACAACCAGUACUCGCACAUCUCCAUGCUGGACUACAACCCGCGCGUCAGGGCGCUCUACACCUGGAACAAUGGGCACCAGGUGCUGUACGACAUCACGCUCCUGCACUUCAUCCGGACACGCCGCGCAAACUCAACCGACUGACUCCAGAAACCAGUUCCCCAAACGCCCUGAAGCUGCAUGAGCCACGCAUGCCAAGCCCUGCCGAACUCAACUCAACUCAACUGAACUUUCCUCUCUUCCCAGACCGGCCAACCUGUACGCAUUUUGACCACAAAGUAAACUCAGAAUUAAGAAAAAAGUCAGAAUUGCAAAAUGUGAACUCAGAAUUACGAGAAAAAAAGUCAAAAUUGUCAAAACUUGGAGAUGUUCUGAAAAUUCUGAAGAAAAAAAAAAAAGUAGAAUUCCAAGAUAUAAACUCAGAAUUAUGAAAAAGUCAGAAUUGUGAGAUUAUGAAAAUAUUGUAACUUGGAGAUGUAAACUCAAAAUUCCAAGAGAAAAAAAAGAAGAAGAAAAAAAAAAAGUAGAAUUCCAAGAUGCAAACUCAGAAUUAAAAGAAAAAAGUCAGAAUUGUGAAUUUAAACCCAUAAUUACGAGAAAAAGUCAGUAUUGUGAUAUGUAAAGUCAGAAUUACGAAAAAGGCCAGAAUUGUGAGAUUAAAUAGCUGAACUUUCACUUUCACUCUGAACUUUUCACUUUUCCUCUUAUUUUUCUUUGCUAGAAAGAACGAAGUAGAAUAUGUAAAUAUGCUCCUUCGGUUUUUGAAAAGGUGCUUUGUGAAAUGUACUUCUGUUUGUUCAUGUCAAUAAAAUCUCACAAAUAAAAAGAAAUGUAUGAUUUUUUAAAUACAGUA